AUGGAGAGCGUCAUGCAUCCCAGCUGGAGGGAGAUAGUCAACAAGAAGCUGAAGUUCCCCAGCGAGCUCCUCGACGCCAUCCAGGAGGGGGACCUGUUGCGGGUGCAGCAGCUGCUGCAGGGAAGCGACGGGAUCCUGCAGCAGCAGGCCGACAGUGAGGACCGUGCGUGGCGGGAAGCCCUCAACCUGGCCAUCCGCAUGGGCGGUGGGGAGAUCACUGGGACCCUGCUGCGCUACGUCAAGUUCAACUUCCGCCAGAUCCAUGAGGCCCUGCUGGUCGCCGUGGACACCAACCAGCCCCAGGUGGUGAAGCUGCUGCUGGACCGGCUGGACCAGGAAAAGAGCAUCAAGAUGGACAUCAAGUCCUUCUCCUUGGCCUUCUUCGACCGCUCCAUUGACAACGCCCGCUUUGCCCCCGGCGUGACGCCGCUCACCCUGGCCUGCGAGAAGGACCUCUACGAGAUCGUAGACAUGCUGGUGCAGAAAGGCCACGCCAUCCCCCGGCCCCACAAGAUCUCCUGCACCUGCCUGGAGUGCAGCAACGGCCGCAAGUACGACCUGCUCAAGUUUUCCCUCUUCCGCAUCAACACCUACAAGGGCAUCGCCAGCCGGGCCUACCUCUCCAUCGCCAGUGAGGAUGCCAUGCUGACCGCCUUCAAGCUCAGCCGGGAGCUGCAGCGCCUCUCCUGCAAGGAGCCGGAGUUCAAGCCAGAGUACCUCAGCCUGGAGCUCCUGAGUCAGGAGUUUGCCUUUGAGCUGCUGGGGAUGUGCCGUAACCAGAGCGAGGUGACUGCCGUGCUGAACGACCUGGGGGACAGCGAGGAGGAGGAGGAGGAGCUGGACAGCCAGGCCUUCGAGGAGGGCAUCCCCAACCUCGCCCGGCUCCGGCUGGCCGUCAACUACAACCAGAAGAAGUUUGUUGCCCAUCCCAUCUGCCAACAAGUGCUCUCGUCCAUCUGGUGCGGGAACCUGUCGGGCUGGCGCGGGAGCAACACGCUCUGGAAGUUCUUUGUCUCCUGUUCCAUCUUCCUGACCAUGCCCCUCCUGUGCCUGGUGUACUGGAUUGCCCCGAAGUCACGGGUUGGCAAAAUGCUGAAGAUCCCAGUGAUCAAGUUCCUCCUCCACUCGGCCUCGUAUCUCUGGUUUCUGAUCUUUCUGCUGGUGGAGUCCUUGUUCCUGGAGCACAAGCAUCACAUCUUCUUGGGACGCAAUCAGACCGUGUGGAAGAACUCCCUGCACAUGGUCUGGGUGGCCGGCUUCUUCUGGUACGAGUGCAAGGAGGUGUGGAUCGAGGGGCUGCACAGCUACCUCCUGGAUUUGUGGAACUGCCUGGACAUCGUCAUCCUCAGCCUGUACCUGGCCUCGUUCACACUGCGGGUGCUGGUCGCCGGGAGGGGCCACCUGCACUGCCUGGACGCCCCUUCCUCGCCGGAGUGCUACUACUUCACCAGAGCCGGACGGCACGAGUGGCAGCCCGAAGACCCCCAGUUCGUCGCCGAGGUGCUGUUUGCGGUGACCAGCAUGCUGAGCUUCACCCGCCUGGCCUACAUCCUCCCCGCCCAUGAGUCCCUGGGCACCCUGCAGAUCUCCAUCGGGAAGAUGAUCGACGACAUGAUCCGGUUCAUGUUCAUCCUCAUGAUCGUUCUCACCGCGUUCCUGUGCGGACUCAACAACACCUACGUUUACUACCAGGAGUCCCAGCGGCUGGGGAACUUCAACGAGACGUUCCAGUUCCUGUUCUGGACCAUGUUCGGGAUGGAGGAGUACAGUGUGGUGGACAUGCCCCAGUACGGCCUGGCGGAGUUCGUGGGGCGGGCGCUCUACGGGAUCUUCACCAUCGUCAUGGUCAUCGUCCUUCUCAACAUGCUCAUUGCCAUGAUCACCAACUCCUUCCAGAAAAUCGAGGACGAUGCGGACGUGGAGUGGAAGUUUGCCCGCUCCAAACUCUACCUGUCCUACUUCAGGGAGGGCCUGACGCUGCCUGUGCCGUUUAACGUCAUUCCCACACCGAAGUCCCUCUUCUACUCAGUCAGGGGCAUCGUCAGGUUCGUUUGCUGCUCCAAACCCAAGAGGCAACAGGAUUACCCCCCAAUUCCCACCAUCGCUAACGCCAUCCUGGAGGACGUUGGCCUGGGCGGGGAGAGCCGCCGUUCCUAUCGGCUGCAGGUCGUCAAGGCUCUGGUGCAGCGCUACAUCGACACGGCCAGGCGGGAGUUUGAGGAGAGCAGGAGGAAAGACCUGGGGAAUCGUAUCACCGAGCUGAACAAGUCAGUGUCGCGCCUGCACACGGAGGUGAAGCGUCUGCAUCACAGCCUGCCCGCCCACCCUGCUCCCGCCAGCCCUCUGGAUGGGGCCAGCGUGCUGCACAGAUACAUCCUUCGGGUCCAGGACAACUUCCAGAACUUCAGCCAGGCCGCGGGCAGCUCCGGCCCGGGCUCCCCCGCCCAGGUGAUGGUGCAUCAGGAUGGGGCUGCUGGGAACAACCCCCAGCCCUACCCCAAGGCGCUCUCCCUUGGCCCCCAGCACGCGAUGUCUCCUGGGGACGGCGCCGGGGAAGGACACCAAGCAGUAGAGCCGAGUUCCCAUCCAGCAGAGGAAGCCAACUCCGGCCCCAGCCUCUAG